AUGCCAAACGCAACAUUUAACGUUUCCAACAACAGACAAGUUGCUGGACCCAGCAAUGACGAGCUUCUCACCCCAAUGAUACUCCCGGGCGAUGGUGUUCCCCUGCGUCUGGAUUUCCCAGGCGAUGAUAUGUCAGGUAUCGAGGAGAAGCAUUGCAGGCCUCCUGAACAGGUCCUGAAAUCGAAAUCGGAUCACAGGGCAGAAAUUUGGGGUACUGCUGUCGUUGCAUGGAACUACAUCAGUUCCCAGGGGCUCAUUGACGGACGAAACUCAGAUGGAGCCUUUGACGACCGGGUCCACAUCGCAGAGCUAGUUGCUCUACUUGGCCCUCCUGCACCAGAGUUCCGCGAGAAGACACGACUAGGCUCCAUGUUCUGGGAUGAAGAAGGGACUUGGACGGGCCAAGCUCCAAUACCAGACCGAAGCUUGGAGAGCCUGAUAGCUCGCAAUGUUGAUGGCGAGGAGGUGGAAGGCUUCGUGCAGUGGAUGCGAAAAGCGCUACAAUGGGAUCCUGAAGACCGGCCAACAGCUCUGGGGCUCUUGCGUCAUGAGUGGAUGCCCCGGAAGACGAAGCCUGUGGAGAAAGAGGGUAUCGAUGUGUUCGACGAUAACACCCAUGUCUAG